UAACCAGCUAACCAGACCUAGCUGCCUACAUGCAGUAACAUUCUUUCUCCCCAUCGAUCCCUUCAUUUCUUCCACUUUCAACUCAAUUUUAUUUAAUUUCUUCCUCUUUCCCCUUCUUCAUCCCCACCCAACGUCGGGCUCUAUCGGCCUACCAACCAAUUUCCAUCCUCGACAACCACCAUACUAAGACCCUCGCACCCGAAACACCAAGAACGCAAAGACAUAUCCAUUCGAGCAAUUUUGCUACUAUUGAUUUUAUAUCCUACCUACGCAAACACCAUAGUUCGUACCGUCCGUCGCUGUUUGGGGAAUUAGGAGGAGUACUAGGCAACAUCUUGCCCCAUUGAAAACUACGACUGCUAGCAUAAUGAAUGUGUUGCUGUCGCCGCAGCCUCCGUCCUUCUUCCCUCAUCAACACGAUCCUAACCGACGAUCUCCUACCCGUUCAAUGUCUCCAUUUCACAACACCAUGGCUAUGAAUCGAAAGCGAAAAGCCGAGGAUGAUGGCGACGAAAUGUCUGUUUCGCCCCUCAGUUCUCCUGCCAUUCAGUCACGACAGCUUGCUCCUAGGCCGUCCAAGAAGAUGCGAUCGAACGAGUUGGCAGGCCGCCCCUUAACACUGCCCCGCUUACUCGAAACUCUUGACGCCACCCAACUACGAGCUGUUCUACAAACUAUUUGCGAGCGCCAACCCGAGAUCGGUGAAGAGGUGGUAAAGAGUGCUCCAAGACCGACUGUGGAGUGCGCCUUGCAAGUAUUGAAGGAAUAUCAAGACAAGUUACGAGAUGCAUUCCCGUACGGCGCUUCUAGCUCCGACUACACAUACUACCGAGUCCGACAGCCAUUACUCGCACUCAUUGACGCCCUUGUCGAUUUUACACCCCAAUAUCUUCCUCCCAUGGAAAUGAGCGCCAACGUUUCAUUGCAGUUUCUCGACGGUGCUACGAAACUAAUUCACAGUCUGCCUGAAUGGGAAAGUCAAAGCCACCGACACCACAAAGAAAACACCUACGACGAGAUAUCUAGGGCCUGGGCACUGGUGAUCAAUGAAGCUUCUAAGAAGGGGGCCGGCUUCCAGCUGCAUUCGGGAGGUUGGGAUCAAAUCCUGGCCAAGCAUAAUCAGCAAUCUGGCGGUAGGCUAGGAGCCGCCAUCUCUUCCAUGACCACGAGUCUCGGCUGGGUUGGUGGUGGACAGAGCAGCGGAGCUCCGAGUGCACCCAAUAACCAAGGUUCAAUUCUUGAUCAGCUGAUGGCUGGCAAUUAUGGUUCGCCUGUUCGAGUUGGUCCGUGGUAGAGCUCUGAUGCCAAUCCAGGGGAUGCUAUGGAUCUAGACCAACCUGGAGAAGAGAGCACUGAGAAUAAUGAGCAAAACGACAUUGAGUAGCAUCCAUGAAUGCGGCAAACCAACAAGCAAUCAUCUAGCAUACGUGUGGCGGAUUAAGGCAAAAAAAAAAAGGCAUGCAUUGGCA